AUCGUUUCACACGCAUUUCCGAUGUCCACAAAGCAGAUAUGCAACAAUUACACAACCGGCACCGACAAGACCAGCCCACCGGUGGCCGCCAAAUGAACGAUGGCACCCACAAAUUUCUGUCUCACCGUUUCACAUGCAUUUUCAGUGUCAACGAAGCAGAUAUCUAGCAAAUACACGACCAACCCGCCGGUGGUGGUUAACUUGAACAUGGAAUAUAAUUUAGAAAUACUCACAUGUACUAGUAUUUGCAAGUCAAGUCACUUUGCUCACAAGUGUGAUCAAACUGUGACUGAGUGCCUUUCUUCUCCAGGAAGGGGGAAGCACGGGUCGUCCUGCCCGCCCUCAUCAAGUGAACGGUCCCUGGAGUUGGAGUCCGAGAGUUCGAUGAUCUCAGAAAGUGCGGGAUUUGAUCGGUCUGCGCAAGGUCUAUACAAACUGGGUGCAGACUUGCGUCCUGUCAGUGUGUUUCUCGGAUUCAGAAAGUGUCAGGAAGUCGCACGAUGUCACUAUUGCAUCCCGCCCAGCCUCAAGCCUCAGGCUCCAUCCUGCCUGCCUGGCACCAGAUCUUUACCUCCUGAUCCCUGUGAGUCUCUCAUGCUUUCUUGCCUGUCUACUACUUCCUCCGUGUUUGCCUAUUUCCUACUCACUUGCCAACACCACCAUGUCGUUGUCUGCAGCUUCCAGUCUACGGCUGCCAUGUCCUCCCUCCGAGGGAUUAGAAACGCGAUGGAAAACUGACAAGGAUGACGAGAUUGGCAUGACAGUGGUUGACAUAGAUGGCGAGAUGAGUGAUGGUGGCUGGCGUAAACGGCAGGGUGGUUUCGAUGAUGCGGCAAGACAACAGACAGACCUUUGACCGCCCGGAACU